CGCAGACGUCCGGGCAGAUGCUGCCAGCCCAGAAGCCGGCGGAUGUCCUGGUGGUUCAGAGGAAACGGAGGGCUUCCGUGGCAACAUGAGUCCGGGGAGCCCUAACGAGUCCUGGUGAGAAGACUCCGCCAGCCUCACAGCCGCCUGUCUGAGCCUCGUGACCCCCGUGAGGGGCCCGCGGAAGGUGCCCCGCUGUGUAGGUGAGGAUGGCGGGGCUCAGGCUGGUGCAGCACCUGUCGCAAGUGGGGGCUCACGCCCACAACCUUGGCCCGUUGGUGCUCAGGGUCUGCUCUGGCCACGCGCUCUGCGAGGCAGGUGCGGGCGGACCCGGGUGCCCUGGCCCCUGAGCCCGGCUGGAGGUGAUGUUGCAGAACCGUGCCUCGCCUCCUCGCAUCUCUUCUUCCUGCUCAGGGCCUUCCGUCCACCAUGAGAGGCUCCAAGGCCGUCAGCGGCCCCUCCGGCCCGCCGAGGCAGCCAGAAGGCGUGGACCUGAGCCUGACGGGCCUUCCUCCACCCGUGUCCCGGCGCCACAGCGCCUCUGCUGCCAAGCCCAUCGCCCGCUCCAUCUCCAUGGUCACGCGGCAGCGAGCAAGAAGAAAGACUCUGGAGGCCCCAGGGCCAGGAGGCUCCCCGGCCAUCAACAACCUUCGCAGAUCAGCAGCACCACUUCAGGUCAACCAGCCACAGGCCAGCAGCCCCCGACGUCGGACGCUCUGUGAGGGCAGCCCCGCUGGGAGGAAGAGGCCGGCCAGUCUGAGCAAAAGCUCCAGCGAGAAGGGAGCCACGUGGAACGUCCUGGCAUGUCCCGAGUCCGGGGACGCGAUCUUCACCCUCACGCCUCACGUCCUGCUGGCCCAGCGCCCUGGGUGGAGCUUCCCAGGGCGUGGUCGGGGGUCCUUCCCAAAGCCUGACGCCGCCGCCCUCUCUCUCGGCAGGAGCAACAAGGGCGCCGUGGGCAACUGCGUCACGGGCAUGGUGCACAACCACUAUACCCCCUCGGAGAGGACGCCGCCCCCCAAGAGCUCCAACCACACGGCGCCCCCCCUCAACAACAUCCUCAAGGCAGCCACAGACGAGGGUGAGAGCAGCCACCUCGGGAAGCCACAGAAGAACGUGGCCCGCAGCAACCACGCCGUCCAGAACAACUCGGGCAGCGCCGCAGGUCUGCUCAGAUGGAAGGAGGUGACCGAGGAGGAGGCUGAGAGGUUUAUCCACCAGGUGAGCCAGGCCGCUGUCACCAUCCAGCGCUGGUACCGACACCAGGUGCAGCAGCACCAAGUGGGAGCUGCCCACCUGGAGCACCUGCUGGCAUCCAAGCGAGAGGGGCAGCGGCAGCGGCUGGGAGAGGGGACCCUCCUGGACCAGCACCAACAGAAGGAGGCGGCCAAGAAGGCCCGGGAGGAGAGGGCGCGCCAGGCCCGGAGGGCAGCUAUUCAGGAACUGCAGCAGAAGCGAGCCCAGAAGUCAGUCGAUGCUGACCUUGGGCGGCCAAAGGGGACCCAGAAGACAGGGAAGCCCCGGCCCACCCAGGAGCCGCCCCUGAGGCCGGGGAGCGCUGCCCCGCAGACCCACAAGGCCAAUAAUGCUGGGGCCAGCAUCCACACCACAGGCCCGGAGGACCCGUGCCCGCCUGCCUGCACCUUGUCCCCGGAACCCCGGCAGCUUGCAGAGAACACCCUCAGGUCCUGGCACGGAGGCCGGGCCCAGACCCAUUGCACCCCUUUUCAUUUUCCUGGAGGGGGGUCAUUUCCCUGGCUGAGCGGGCAGGGGCCUGUGUGGAGGAAGCCGAGCCUCGGCCUCAAGCCCGCCCUGCUCUGGUGGUCUCCUCCUCUAACGGCCUGCCCACUGCAGGAUGCCAGCUCCCAGGACACAGCCGGCAAAGGCCUGGAGGCGCUGGACCCCGCCCGAGGCAAGGCCAAGUCCAGGGCCACCCUGGAUGAACUGCUGGACACGUUGAAGCUGCUGGAGCAGGAGCCUGAGCCCCUGCCCCGCCCCCGGGCCUACCACAAGGACAAAUACGCCUGGAUAGACGAGGAGGACGAUGCCAGCUCCCUGACAGCGGACAACCUGGAGAAAUUUGGGAAGCUCAGCGCAGCCGCCAGCCCCCCUGAAGACGGGACCCUGCUGUCGGAGGCCAAGCUGCAGAGCAUCAUGAGCUUCCUGGAUGAGAUGGAGAGGUCCGAGCAGGGCCGGCCGGCCUCGGCCCCCCAGGGGCCUGUGCCGGCGGAGGGGCAGGGGCGCCUGGAGCCCGCGGCCGAGGCCAGCACGUCGGUGAUGCGGCUGCGGCUGGAGGUGGAGGAGAAGAAACAGGCCAUGGUGCUGCUGCAGAGGGCGCUGGCGCAGCAGCGAGACCUCACCGUCCGGCGGGUCAAGGAGACGGAGAAGGAGCUGGGCCGGCAGCUGCGGCAGCAGAGGGAGCACUACGAGGCCACCAUACAGCGACACCUGUCCUUCAUUGACCAGCUGAUCGAAGAUAAGAAGGUUCUGGGCGAGAAGUGUGAGGCCCUGGUGGCUGAGCUGAAGCAGGGGGACCAGAGGCGCAAGGACAGGGAGGCCCAGAUGCAGGAGCAGCAUGAGCUGGAGAUUAAGAAACUCAAAGAACUAAUGAGCGCCACCGAAAAAGUCCGCCGGGAGAAGUGGAUCAACGAGAAAACCCGGAAGAUCAAGGAGAUCACGGUCAAAGGGCUGGAGCCCGAGAUCCAGAAGCUGAUCGCCAAGCACAAGCAGGAGGUGAAGAAGCUCAAGAGCCUGCACGCGACGGAGCUGCUGCAGGCAGAGGAGCACGCGGCCCAGCGCUACUCACGCCAGGCGGAGGAGCUGCGGGAGCAUUUGGAGCGGGAGAAGGAGGCGCUGGGCCGCCAGGAGUGGGAGCGCGCCCAGCAGCGCUUCGAGCAGCACCUGGAGCAGGAGCAGCGGGCCCUGCAGCAGCAGCGGCGGCGGCUCUACAACGAGGUGGCCGAGGAGAAGGAGCGGCUGGGCCAGCAGGCCGCCAGGCAGCGGGCGGAGCUGGAGGAGCUGAGGCUGCAGCUGGAGGAGAGCAGCUCGGCGGGGGGCCGGGCCCUGAGGGCGGAGUUUGAGAAGGGGAGGGAGGAGCUGGAACGCCGGCACCAGAUGGAGCUGAAGGCCCUGAAGGACCAGCUGGAGGUGGAGCGUCAGAUGUGGGAGGCCAACUCCGCCAAGAAGGAGGAAGCGUGGCUGCUGAACCGCGAACGGGAGCUGAAGGAAGAGAUUCGGAGAGGCCGGGACAAGGAGAUUGAGCUGGUCAUCCACCGGCUGGAGGCUGACAUGACCCUGGCCAGGGAGGAGAGCGAGAGGGCCGCCGAGAGCCGGGUCAAGCGCGUCCGGGACAAGUACGAGGCGGAACUCUCAGAGCUGGAGCAGUCGGAGCGGAAGCUCCAGGAACGGUGCACGGAGCUGAAGGGGCGCCUCGGGGAAGCCGAGGGGGAGAACGUGCGUCUGCAGGCCCUGGUGCGGCAGAAGGAGAAGGAGCUGGCCGACAUGAAGGCGGUGAACGAGCAGCUGGCUGGCGAGCGCAGCAGCCUGGCCCAGGUCCUUCGCCAGGAGUUCGCUGACCGGCUGGCGGCCUCGGAGGAGGAGAAUCGGCAGGUCAAGGCUGAGCUGGCCGAGCUGCGGGCCCGCCAGCGGCUGGAGCUGGAGCAGCUCACGCAGGAGAAGCAGGCGGAGCUGGAGGAGGUGCACGGGAGGGUGAAGACGGCCCUGGCAAAGAAGGAGGAGGCUGUGAGCAGCCUUCGGAAACAGCACGAGGCCGCGCUGAAGCGGGCCGACCACCUGGAGGAGCUGCUGGGGCAGCGCAGGCGGCCGUCCCCAAGCACCAAGUGACCUCCUGCCUGUGGGCAACGGACAGACCGACAGCAGCGGGCUGAGGGCGCCUGGCGUGAAGGACUCCCCGCCGCAGGUGGAGCACUGAGGCUGCGUCCUAGCAGUAAAGCGUGUCUUUUACUA